AUGUCGGACUCAGCUAAAGCAGAAUCUGAGAAGCGAGCAAUGGACUUCAUAACGGAAGUCUGGGCGCUAGCGGGAGUUGCGCUCUUCGUUUCCGGACUACGGUUUUAUCAGCGGAUCUCCACCGUGGGAUGGAAACGGCUCGCUUUGGAUGACUAUUUAAUGGCUUUCGUUACGGCUUUCACAACCUUCGAAUUCUACCUAGGCUACACAGUCGUGGCAUACUGGCAAGGCCUAGCCAACAAUGCCAUGACCCCCGAACAGCGAGCAACUCUCGACCCGGCUAGCAACGAAUACUAUCUUCGCGUGUCAGGCUCGAAAACCCACGUCGGAGGUCUGCUCACCUAUACAACGCAGCUUUGGCUCCUCAAAGCUUGCUGGGCCUUGUACUACAACAGGUUAACCGACGGUGUUCAGGACCGCCGACUUCUGAUACGAUGGAGUGUUGUUGUGCUGCCUAUCACAUAUGCUGCAUGUUUACUGGUGGCAUUCUUCAAAUGCAUUCCAUUUAAUCAUCAGUGGCAAAUAAACCCCGAGCCUCCCAUCAACUGCAUGCCGGCCAUAUCCCCACUGCAAACUAUAUUUGUCAUGGCAAUGAACACUGUCACUGAUUUCUAUCUCAUGGCUAUUCCUUUACCUAUGAUUUGGCGUUCUGGUCUCCCACUAAAGAAGAAAAUUGCGGUUCUUACGCUAUUCAGUGGCGCUUUCGUCGAAAUGGCGUUCGGAAUCUUGAGAUGUGUCUCUAUCCUUACAGUUGGCAAUACAGACCCGUCUCAAUCGGGCUAUUGGUCGAUCCGAGAAUCAUUCGUCUCAGAGGUACUCACGAACAUGCCAAUGGUUUAUGCUCUAGUCCGCAGCUUUAGCCACAAGAUCCAAGGUAAACCAGAUUAUAGCAAGGGUCAGAACAGUGGAUCCUAUCAGCUUGGUACAUACCCUCGCAAUCGGAGCGGCACCGGCCAGAACAUACGUUCUGCUCCAAACGGAACAGCAUUUGACUCUAAGGAACAAAUCUAUAUCGACGAGGGUCAGCAACCUCAGACGGACGACGAUGAGAGAUCUCUAGAGUUACCCUACCCGCGAGGAGAUCGCGACUUCCCCAGGUUGCACGCAAGGGAUAUUGAGGCCGUAAACAAAGAAGCUGGUGUUUCUCGAUAUAGCCGAUAUGUUCCGAGACAAGAAAACCAUAUCUACGUCACGACCGAGUACACCGUUUCUAAUGACGAGCGAGGCUCGAAUAGAAGUAUUGGGCCCGCAUUGUGA